CAAACUUUCAAUGGCAAGAAAAUUGAUUGAUGAUUCUCACUCGAACUUACUCGGAGUGAUGCUGAUGGUGGUGGUGUUGAGUUUGAUUUCAUGGAUAGGUGUCGUAGUGAAUGGACACAUUGUAAAUAAUAAUAACAAUAAUAUUAAGAAUAAUAAUGAUGGAAAACAAGCCUUGCCAAUCCCUUCUACAAUUUUGUCAUCUCGUAUAAUAAUAUCAUCAUCAAUAGGAAAGAAUGAAGAGAAGGAAUAUAGAGCAGCUGUGGUGGAUUAUGCACCUGUAGCUAUGCAUGUGUUUUAUCCAAAUUUGAAUCAACAGGAAGCGAACAAGAUUUUGAAUGCAAAUUUGGAUGAAUAUGAAAAGAUUGUUUCGGGAUUGCAGUCGCCAUUGGAUAUUGUUGUCUUUCCAGAAUAUGGAUUGUUUGGACCUGGUUUGGUUAAUAGAACUCGAUUGAGCAUGUUUUUUGAACAAGUGCCGAAUGAGUCAGUGAAUGAUCUUUGUAGUGAUCCGAAUGAGUAUUUGGUUUUGAAGAGGGCAAGUUGCAUUGCCAAGAAGUAUCACACUUAUUUGGUGAUUAAUAUGGGAGAUGUGCAGUAUUGUGAUCCAAGUGUUGAUUCUCAAUGUCCAAGUGAUAGGAGGUAUCUUUAUAAUACAAAUGUUGUGUUUGAUAGGAAUGGAAAUUUUGUUACCAAAUAUCACAAAACUCAUUUGUAUUUUGAAGAUGGAAUAGAUAGAGGAGAUGGUAAACCAGUUUAUUUCACAACAGAUUUUGGAAUGAAAUUUGGAUUAAUUAUUUGUUUUGAUAUUGUAUUCGAAUCUCCAUUCAAGAAUUUGAUUUUUGAUGAAAAAGUUGAUGGAGUGGUAUUUUCAAGUUGGUGGGUUAAUUUCCCACCUUAUUGGAAUAGUUUACAAUUUCAACAAUCUGUAUCCAAAACUUAUAACACAACCAUUUUAGGAGCAUCGAGUGGAUUUGGAUUUUAUACAUCUGGAAGUGGUAUUCAUAAGAAUGGUCAAUCAGUGGGAACCUAUAAUCCAACGAUCAAAGGAAAUUCGAAACCAGUCGUUUCUAAUCCUUCUUCCUCAUUUAAUAAGAUAUCGAGAGGAGAACGAGUGAUAACAAGAACCAACUCUGACAAUUCAAAUAUUACAACAAUUUUACCUUUCAUUCCAGUGAAAGGUCAGGUUUACAAUAUUCCUAAUGUUCGUGCUGGAUCAAUUAAUUGCAGUUUCAAAUUUACCAUCUCUGAAAAAUCUAACAUUUCCAAUACGGAUGAGAAUAACUAUUUUGCACUUGUGGCUACCUAUGGAAAGGUUUUCAAACCAAAAUUUGAGCAAUCUAGCUGUACUGUUAUGAAAUGUGGCAGCAAAUUGAAUUGCUUUUAUUUUAUUAAUAGACAAUUGCAAAUUACAGAAUCCAAUGUUAUUUUGGAUGAUUUAUCAAUGACAAUGACAACCUUAGAUAAACCUCAAGUAGAGGAUACUUUCCUUAUGUUUGUUGGAGAUGGAGGAAGUUUGUAUAUCGAUGAUUUGGCCAAUAAUUCUCAAUUGAAAUCAAAUAGUGGCAUGAAAGUUGAUUCCUUCAAAGAACCAAUCUAUGUCAGUUCUAUUGGUGUGAAAAAGAAAUUCCUGGCAGCUACCUUACUAUCAUUGAAGAGAAAAUCAAACUUUACUUAGUUGCUGUGCUUACGUAACAAUAAACACCAAUUUCCAACAUC